CGCUCUCCCAGCAUCCCCUGCGUGCCGGCCCUGCCGUACCUCGUCUGGCCGCCCUUGCGCGCUGGAUUUUGAGCGCGAUCCUGCCCGGGGCUGAGCCCGGGACACGGCUGUGCGACAUGGCACAGCUGGAGGGCUACUACUUCUCGGCCGCCUUGAGCUGCACCUUCCUGGUGUCCUGCCUGCUCUUCUCCGCCUUCAGCCGUGCCCUGCGCGAGCCCUACAUGGACGAGAUCUUCCACCUGCCGCAGGCGCAGCGCUACUGUGAGGGCCGCUUCUCCCUGUCGCAGUGGGAUCCUAUGAUUACUACAUUACCUGGCCUGUACCUGGUGUCAGUAGGAGUUGUCAAACCUGCCAACUGGAUCCUUGGAUGGUCUGAACAUAUUGUCUGUUCCAUUGGAAUGCUCAGAUUUGUCAAUCUUCUCUUCAGUGUUGGCAACUUCUAUUUGCUGUAUUUGCUUUUCAGAAAGAUACAGCCCAGAAACAAGGCUUCUUCAAGUAUCCAGAGAAUCUUGUCAACAUUAACCCUGGCACUAUUUCCGACCCUCUAUUUCUUUAACUUCCUUUAUUAUACAGAACCUGGGUCUGUGUUCUUCACUCUUUUUGCUUACUUGAUGUGUCUUUAUGGCAAUCAUAGGACUUCAGCCUUGCUUGGGUUUUGUGGCUUCAUGUUUCGUCAGACCAAUAUCAUCUGGGCUGCCUUCUGUGCGGGACACAUCAUUGCACAGAAGUUCAGUGAAGCCUGGAAAACUGAGCUGCAAAAGAAGAAGGAAGAGAGGCUUCCCUCCAUUAAGGGACCAUUUUCAGAACUCAGAAGAGUUCUUCAGUUUCUCCUGGUGUAUUCCAUGUCAUUCAAGAACCUGAGUAUGCUUUUCCUGUUGACCUGGCCCUACAUCCUUCUGCUGGUUGCAUUUUUUGUUUUUGUGAUAGUCAAUGGUGGGAUUGUUAUUGGUGAUCGGAGUAGUCAUGAAGCCUGUUUUCAUUUUCCCCAGUUAUUCUACUUUUUCUCGUUUACUGUUUUUUUCUCCUUCCCUCACCUACUUUCUCCUACAAAAGUCAAGACUUUUUUUAGUUUAAUUUGGAAACGUAGAGUUCAGUUCUCUGUGAUUAUGUUAGUCUCAGUAUUUUUGGUUUGGAAAUUCACUUACGUCCAUAAGUAUUUACUGGCAGACAAUAGACAUUACACAUUUUACGUGUGGAAAAGAGUAUUUCAGAGACAUGAAGUUGUGAAAUAUUUAUUAGUUCCAGCCUACAUGUUUGCUGGUUGGACCAUAGCUGACUCUCUGAAAUCAAAGUCAAUUUUCUGGAAUUUAAUGUUUCUUGUAUGCUUGGUCACUUCUACAGUUCCUCAGAAACUACUAGAAUUCCGUUACUUCAUUUUACCCUACAUUAUUUAUAGGCUCAACAUACCUCUGCCACCUAUAUCUAGACUUGUUUGUGAACUGGGUUGCUAUACAGUUGUUAAUUUUCUAACUUUUUAUAUCUUCCUGAACAAGACUUUUCAAUGGCCAGAUAAUCAGGAUGUUCAAAGGUUUAUGUGGUAAUGGCAGGAAUAUUUUGAAUUUUAAAAAGUUCUAUUUCUACAACAAAUAAUGGGGUAAGUAGAAGUGGAAUUCUUUUUAGGUAAAUUCAGGGAAGUUGUAUGAAAAGCAUUAAGUUUGAGACUAGCCUGAAACCCUGAAUAAUAGUCAUAAAAUUGCUUACAGUUGUCUGGAGAAGCACUGGUACUGCCUGUGUCUCCGAGGUUUGGGGACUUUCCUGUGUGUGUACAUGUUGAGGGGACUGGGUAAGCUCCGAAGCACUAGAACCAAUUUGGUGAUUUUACAGAAUGUCAAAGAAUUUGAAAACUAGUGACCCAGCAGUAUUUCCAAGUGGACAACUAUUGCAAUAAAUAUAACUCUGGUCUUAAAUUAGAAUGGAUUUAUAGACAAAGCAAAUCAUGAACUAGAGUCUUUGAAAUGUUUAUCUAGGAAUCACAUUUUUAAAUUUAAAAUGCAGAAGUGAUAAAGCCAUUUGAACUAAUUCCUAAUUUGAUGUUUAUACAGACCAAAGAUAAACUGUGUUAAUUAUAACACCUUUUACAAAUGAUUUUUCCGAAAUACAUUGUUCUAUUAGUUACCUAGGGCUCUUGUACAAAAAUGACCACAAACCUUGUGGCUUAAACCUUUCCCUCACAUACUUAGAGGCAGCAGCACCUAGACUCACAGUGUUACCAGAGUUCAUUCCUUCAGGAGACGGAAGUCUACUGUCCCAGCCCAGCUCACUCCAACAACUUAAUAGUUUGGUAGCCUGGUAUUUGGACAGGUCCCUCCAGUCUGUCUGUGUCUGUGUAGGGUUGUCUCCACUGUCUUCUUGUACAGACAAUGCCUUUGGAUUUAGGGAUCCUCUGAUUCAGGGUAACUUUAUCUGGGACUCUUGGUUAUAUCUGUAAAACUUUCCCAAGUAAGGUCCCAUUCACGGUUCCAGGUAAACAUCAUUUUGUGAGGGAGUAGGGGGGGAUGUAAUAACUUUUUAGGAGAUGUCCUUGCUGAGAGCUUUUAAGUAAAAGUUUGUCUUUAACUAAGUGACCAAAAACAAACAAACAAACAAACAAAACGUCAGAAUACAUAUAAUUUACAUUUGUCCCUCUUUUCCAAUUAAACCAGAAGAACUUAGAGGUGAGAAGUUAUUGGUUUAGCUUUAUUUAAUAAUUAGGGAACACUACUGAGUAUGACUCUGGGAUUUUUUUGUUUGUUGUUUGUUUGUUUGUUUUUUGUCUUUUGGUUCUGUGCUUACUGUUUAUUCUUUUUAAUAAAAUGAAUUAACAAAUUCAUUUUAUUCAUGAAGGUUUAUUCUUUCAACUGUCACUCCAUUACAGACACACACUGUUGAUUAGUUGUGUGAUCUGACUGUAAACACAGAACUGUGAAUAGAGAUUACUUUUUAGCCCAUUUUUCUUUCUGAGUUUUACACAUCUACACACACACACACACACACACACACACACACACACACAGACCAAAAACUUUGCUUUUGUUGUUGGAUUAUGUUUUCUUUGAGUUUUAAGAAUGUAGUAAAUUUGUAUACAAGUUUAAAAACUAUUUGCAUAAAGUUAUACAUGUAGUCUUGAGUGGUUGGUCAGGAUAGACCAUUGCUUUGCUUGACACUAGAAGGUAAGUGACUCAGCUGUAACACUGCAUUGUAAUUGGAUCAGAACGUACACUCCAUUUCUGCUUUCACGAUGGUUCAUUAUGAUAGAGAACUAAGUCCAGGAAGCUGAAAUUGCAAACACAUGUGGUUGAGUAAAGCAACUACACUGUCUGCUGCCUUUAGGCCAGGCCUUUUACAUCUAGGAACACUGAGGGGAGGGAGGAAGCACUUUGUCCCACACGUGGAAGGAGACUGCUUUUAGAAUCCAUCUUUUGGUUGUAAGUGUUGAGUCACUUCUGAAUUAGGAGACAUUGUAGAGGUCUACAGGGAGAGAAAGGGGUAGUCUGCACCACUUUCCAUGAAGUAUUGACAGUAGGACUUGGCAUUUCAAAACGAAAUGCCAUGAAUUAAAAGGUGCUAUUUAUUUUUCACUAUGAUUUAAAAAUGGAUAUAUAUUGAUGCUUUAUAAGGUAGAUGCUUGGUUAAAUUUUCCUGGGAAGUUGACAAGAAGAUGGUCAUUUGCUGGUGAAUUUCUCAAUCUUUGUCACUAAAUGAGUAUGUAAGAGAAAUAAGGUUCAUACAGCAGGUGUCACCUUUGCUUGUUCAAAAUUAGCAGACUCAUCUCUGGGAAAUCAUUUCACUUGGAAAAAGCCUUGCUUUUACAAAUAUUAUAAAUUAUAUUUCUGAAAAAGUUUUAAACUUUGUCAAGAAUUUCAAGUAUUUUUAUUUUUAUUAGAUUUAAUUGAAUUUGUUGAUGAAUAAGUGAUUAUAAAGGAGCUCAGUGGUUAAAAGCAUGAGCCACCCUUGCAGGAGACCCUAGUGUGGUUCCUAGCCCCUAUGUACGACAGCACACAACCCCUUUCAACUCCGCCUUGAGGGGAUCAUAGGCUCUGUAAUCAGUUUAACCAGUUCUACUUUAUGGGAAAAUCCAUAGGCAUAAACUAUCAUUUUCAGAUAUAUUAAUAAGGGUUUGUAUGUUAUGUAUUUUGCUCACAUUUAAGCUUUCCAUGGUGCUUCUUUUAUGGCUGUGUCUCACUAAAUGAUGUGGAAAUAGUGUUCUUUACAUAAUAUGUUCUAGCGCAUAAUAUCACAAGAGGAAUUAUUGUUCUCUGUUUAUACUGUUAUACCCACUAUAAACUAAUGUAAUUUAUUUCUAGUGAAUAGCUUAGGAUAUAAUGUAUUUCUAGUGUGAACUUACCUGACUUGCCAUUAUGCUCAUUAUAAUUGUCUAGAGAGAAGAGAAGGGAUCCAUAGCUUUAAUGUAGCAUUCCUGAAGAGUGAACAUAUAAGUUAGGCCCAGUUCAGAACUAUUCUGAUAGAAAGAAUAUAGAUCACUGUUAUCUUUGAAGCAGUUAAAACGUCUUUAAAUGGUUAAAACAAGUGUACAUAAUAUUUUACCUAGAGGAGAUUAAAAUCAGAUUGUAGAUUGUACUUGGUUUUGGUUCCAGAAUAAAAAGACCAAUUGCUGAA